AUGGCACAAGAAGAAGAAGAAGACCCCGGAUGCUGUGUGCAAUCGCCAGUUAUGCUGCAGAGGCAGCUGUCCAGCAGGGUGCCGAUCCGCAAGCUGCAGCUACACAUCGCCUAUCUUCGCCGCAGUGCCUCUUGCACGCAUUUAGCACACGCAGGAGAAUUUGGAGAACUUAUGUUUGAGAGUUCCGUCCAGGAAUGGCUGAGCGCACGCGCGCUGGCCAAAGAACUUGAGCGGGCCAUGAAGGAAAUCCUGCUGGCGGGCGACACGAACCGCCUGGUGGCAGAGCUCACAUUUGUUCGGAUCAAUGAUCUGGCGGCGCCUCCCGAACCGCUUCAUCCAUUGAUGUAUGUUGAACCAUUUGUCGCCUUCCUCAUCAUUUGCAAUGGAAUCAUGAUUGGUUUGCAGACCUAUGAUGAACUUUCAGUCUGGGUCGGCUGGACCAGCCUGGAGAUCGUGUUUGCCGCCUUCCUGGUGCUGGAGAUCAUUCUGCGCAUGCACUUGCUGGGCUGUUCCACCUUCUGGUGCGGUGAAGACAAGCUGUGGAAUUUGUUCGACGUGCUCUUGGGGAUCACUGGCAUCACUGAUGUCACGGUGGAGUUGGUGAAUCAACGCCGUAGCGAGAUUCCCACCUCGCUACUCCGCUUUUGUCGCUUGAUACGCCUGGUGCGCAUCGUGAAGGUCUUCCGGCUGAAGUUCAUGAAGGAUUUGCGGCUCAUGGUGAAGGGCCUGGUCGCUGGACUCCGGACACUCUCACUGGCCUUCACCUUGCUUUUGGCAGUGAUCUAUGUGCAGCUUGGGCGCUUUUUCGCGACCGGGGAAUGGCGCAUACCUCAAGUCUCAGUGUGCCAAUCUUGUUUCGUUGAAGGUCUUUCGGAUGAGUUCCAAGAUCGCAUCACGGUUUAUGAUGUCCUAGUCAAUCGGGAAUGCAUGGGGUUUGUACUUCGGAUUGAUGUCAGUACUGUGGUGGUUCAGAGAGCUCAGCUUAGCGUGGAUGAUCUUCAUGAAGUCAAGGAAUUGUGCAGUGGCUUGGCAUGGUUUCCCUGCCAGCCCUUUUCCAAACAAGGGGACAAGCUGGGCAUGAAAGACAGCAGGUCGAUGGUGUUUGAAGGUGUUGCCAGAGCCGCUUGGUUGAUGCAGCCUGGACUGCUGUUGCUUGAGUGUGUGACAGAAGCCGGCUCGAUCCCUGAGAUCAAUAGUGUCUUGGCAACAUUAGCUUCAGGCCUGAACUUUGGAGUGCGCACCAUUGAACUGGCAUUGGAAGAUGUCUGGCCAUGCAAGCGACAUCGUUGGUGGGCAGUCCUCACCAUAGCACCUUGGCUGCCAGCCGAACUCAAAUCAUGGCCCAGCUUUGCUUUUCCCACAGUUCGUGAUGUCAUCCCAGAGUGGCCUGUCUGGCCAGAGCAUGAGGAGGCGCAGCUUGAACUAGGCGGAAUUGAGCUUCAGGCAUUUCAUGAGCCCAGCUUCGGAGGGGGAGAUCGGGUUCUUCAAAUGAAUGGAAAAGCCCCGACUUUUCUUCAUUCGUAUGGCAGCCAGCUUGUGGCGUGCCCCUGCAAGUGCAGAAGUGGUGGAUUGAGUCCUGCUCGGCUUGAGCGUGCUGGUUUGAGAGGAGUGUAUGUUCAUUCUCAAAUGAGCAACAUGCCCCGAUGGCUUCACCCAAAAGAGCUUGCAGUCUUGCAAACCAUCAUGCCGGACAUUGUCCUGGAUGAUGACUUGAGAGCGAGUCUGGUUAUGCUUGGUCAGAUCGCUGCACCUGCGCAGGCACUUUGGCUGCUCUCUCAAAUUUGGCUCCCGCUUCGUGAGGUGAACAUUAGCCCUGAGGCUGCACUGAAGAAGUAUCUUGAUGAAUUGCUUUGCCGCCGUUAUCAUGUCUUUCCUCCGAGUGCCAUUCCAGAUCGGAGCUUGAUGCAUGUCUGGCAUGAUCAAGGGGGCGAACUUGUUGCUGUCAGUAGUGUUCAGCAGGUGAAGGAUUUCACUGAUGCUGAGGAGCGUCUUCUUAGUGAUGUCGAGGUGCAGCUAUGGGAUGGACGCUCUAAGCUGAAAUGUACUGAUGUGCUUCAUUCAGCAGGCCUGUCAGGAGCCUACACCGUGGUCAAGAUUGAGAAACCCAGGCAAACAGCAGCUAGCCCACUUGUGCUGGUGAAACUUAUCUCAGGAGAGAUGACCUGGCAGACUUUGCUGGCCUCGGGAAGCUUCGUGUUUGAAGCUUUCUGGCGACUUCGCUUGCAGGUGGAGCCCACUUCGUUGAAGGAUGAUCAUGAUGGAUGCUGGUUUCCAGACAGCAGAAUCUGGGAGGAUGUCACGUUGCUGGAUGUUCCGGUCAUCUCUAGUGGCCCGCUGGAUUCAGGUGUCUGUUUGCAACAGCCUCAGGAUGAAAUCACUGGUCCACAACUUCAGCGAGCUAUUGAUGAAUUGAUGCUGAGUCCUUCUGGCCCGGGUGAGGUUCUGCUGACAGUGGACCAGGUGCGGGUGCUGAUCCAAGCGCCAAUUCAUUUGCCCAGCAAGGUCUCGCAUCGUUGUGGCCAAUGCUUAGUAUUCCAUGGAGUGUUCCAGAGCUGCGGGCAUUGGGCCAUGUUCUCGUGUGUUCGCCGAGAGACCUCGGUGGAGGUUCAUUACUUUGAUGGGGUGAUACAUUUGCUGGAACGUGAACUGCGUGAGAUUGGGACAUGGGCCGGACGGCUAUGGGGCUUGUCGCAAGUGGAUGUUCUUUUUGCCAGAACUGUGGUUCAACCUCGGCCGCACCUCAGUGCAGCAGUGGCGCUUGCACAUUUGCGCCAAGCAUGUUCGUUGAUGCAAGCACCCUCUCCGGAUGACUUGGAGCACUGGCAUGAGACUUUGAUGCAACCCAUCCAAUCUGUGAACACUGCUGAUAGUGAUGUGGAUAUGGAGACUGCAGUGGAAGGACUUGAGCUGAGAGCCAUGAUGAGGUUUGCGGAACAUAUUGCAGCCGAAGCCACUACAGCAGUGACCCUGGUUCCGUUGCAGAGCAGUGUGAAUCUGGGGCAUGGCAACCCAGUAGAUGCCACGUUGUUUGUUCAGAGUGCUUGGCCGCUAGCUGCACCUCUGGUGCUAUUUGUCGAAUCGGCACACCAUUGGUUGCUGUUUGUGAUUCGUCUUCAUGAUGAUUGGCUGGACAUUGAAUACUAUGAUGGUCUGCCGCAUGGACAUGACUUGGUGGUCAAUACCGUUGCUGCUUGGGCACAGGAGACAUUGCAAGCUCGUGGAUUUGUCUUACACUAUGUCACCGGGCUGACGCAGCAGCAGCAUGAUCAUUGUGGAGUCAUUGCUCUCGCCAACUUUGCCAUGAUUGCCAACUCAGAUGAGCAUUGGACACAAGAACAGCUCACGAAUCUGCAUGCCCUUCUCCAAGAUUCCUGGGAGGUCUCGCAUUCGGUAUGGGCUUGUGGUGGAAGUGAAGGCCAGGCAGGCAGCCUGGCCCAGCAGUUGGCCGAUCUGCUCAUCACCAAGGGUGUGGCUGAGGAGCAAUAUGGAGUUGCGGCUUCGAUGAAGAAGAGAGAUGGCAAACGUGCAAAGCAAGAGACUCAGCCGCUACACAUCAACCCUCAGCAGCUGAGCCUGAUUGAUGGAUCCUUUGUUGACUCCGCUGGCAACUCAGUGCGGCAAAUUCAACUGGCAGAUGUUUCAAAUCAAGCUUCAGGUCUGGCAUUCGCCACAGUCAAUGAGGCAAGUCCUUAUUUGCAGGAAGGUAAAAGCCUGAGCAUCUCGCCACUGGCUUUGCUGACAACUAGCCCGGUGCCGCAUGAGCAGGUGGGCUUGCUGCCGGUGCAGAAUCUCAGAUUUCCAGUCCUGUAUCAAGGGACGCAGGAGCCUGUUUUGGUGCAAGGUUCCCUGAUUCAGUUAGGAGAUGAGAUUAUCACACGUCAGCUGGAAAGGAAUCCCCCUAGCUUGGAAGCCUUGCCUACAGAGACUAUGCGGUUGAUCGUGUUUCGAGAUGAGUUUGAAGCAGCGGGUGGAAGUUGGGACUCUAUGUGCCAAGGAUUUGGAGUUGUCUGGCUCAACCAGAUGGGCUUCAAGGAGGCGGAUCAUAAGAAGAAGACAGUGGAUGGUGCAGUCAAGUCCAUGCUGAACGUCAAAGAGGCUCCCAGUGUCCUCAGCUCCUUUCGAACCAAGGAGCAUAUGAAGUCGCAACAACGGGCCAAGCCGGCAGAGGCCAAGAGUAGUGGAGCUGGAGCAUCUAGUGAUCCCUGGCUUCAAAGUGACCCUUGGCAAUCGUUCAAACCAACUCAGCCCAGGACGCAGGGAUCUGAGGUCACAGAAACAGCCAAGCAGAAGUUGGAGGAAGUGGAGAAAAAGCUCAGAUCUGAUAUGAAGGAUGUGAUUCGCAAAGAGCUUGAAGAACAGGCCGCGUAUGCUGAAGAUGCUGCUAUGCAGUCUACAUGGGAUGCUGAUGUUCGGCUCUGCAGACUUGAAACCUCCAUUGGGGAGAUCAAAGCUCAGAACAGCCGAUACGAUCAGUGGUUCGAACACCAGGCCCAAGUACAAGCAGAACUCAAUGGCAGGGUGGACCACUUGUCUGAGGGCUUGCGCAACCAGAAGGAGCAAAUGGUAGCACUGGACCAAGCGGUGCACAAGCAGGGGUCGGAUGCUCAGAGCUCAUUUGUCUGCCUGGCGGAGGACAUGCGAAAGGGAUUCUCUCACAUUGAAGCUAUGUUUGCGAACUUCUCGCAGGACAAGCGGCAGAGGAAGGUGGUUUCAUUUGAAGAUGAUGCCAAUCCUCACAAGGAAAGAGGCUCUGGAGGGUCCUUUGCCCGCAUCCAGUUCGACAGCGUGGAUGGGACAGCCGUCUCAUACCAUGAUAUUGGGUCGGGGAUCCGAUGGAGUGCUCGUCCUUUGUGGUGGUGGCCGUUACAGUGCUUUCGACAAGGAGAAGCACUCAAUCCGGGACCUCAUCCUUCAGCUGAUGAGUUGUUUCAUGUGGGGACCACAAACCCCACAGGACUUCGUGGCAAGGAGCAUGUCUAUGGUGACUUGCCAUAUGGAAUUUGGGGCAUUGCGGAAACGCAUUUGAGUCAGGCUGGCAUGCAACCUGCCUUAGCUAGUCUUCGGGCCACCGGACGCUGUGGAGGCAACCAAUGGUUUCAGCAAUGGGCGAAUGCCUAUGAACAGAGCUUGGCUGGAUAUGUUGACCUUCCAGGAGGAGGAUUGCCGCCGGGUGCCAGAGGUGAUCUUCGCCUUGUGUCAGACUUUGCCUGCAGAGGUGUUCAACUCUGGUACCGGCAGGCACGCCGGUUGCAAGCAUUGGUGCAAAGCCUGCAACGAGGCACAAUGACAGCUUCUGCACAAGCUCAUCGUGUGGAGACCUGGGCAGCCAUUGUGAGAGCUGCAGGCUUCCACGGUGGUUUUGUGAACUGGUGGCGCACUCGCCCAGUGCAACAUCAAGGGCUUCCGGGUGAAUUGCCCACUGGUGUACCCUCUCUGAUGGUUGCACAGCAGUUGCUCGUUGACUUCACCAGUAACUUUCGCAAGUUGGAAAGCUGGCAGCUUCGUCGACAGCAAGAAAUUUCGAGAGCCCAAUUGACCGCACAGCGUGAGCUUGUUUUCAAAAAGGUUCGCUUGCAUGAAAAAGAAUAUCUUGAUACUCUGCUGCAAACAGAGGAGACAGAGAUUCUGGCAGUGGCAGAGGAUGGAAGCGAAAUCCAUUUGGAGCAUGCGAUCGGCGAGGGCCCUUGUGAUAGUCAAUUUUGGCUGGUGGACUCCAUGACGACCAUCCAGCUCGAGAGAAAGGAGGCUGAUGUAUACACAGUGAAAGAUGCAGAUUGUUUGUUGAUGGCAGGCCAAUCAAUUGUGUGCCAGAGUGUUUGUUCGCAAGUGCCGACAAUUUUGGAGGUCCUUGGCAGUUUCUGGACAGCCCGCUGGCAAAAACAUUCUUCUGUCAGUGAAAGUGACUGGAAUCGCAUCUUGGCAUUUGGUCGAGCUUUCAUGCCCAAAAGUCGCCUGGAGUACAAGCACCUAGAUGUCCAUGGAUGGCAUGACGUCAACACCAGGUACAAUGACAGGGCCGCCAGAGGCCCUGACGGCUUUCAUGGGAGAGAUCUUCAACUGGCUCCUCAGAGCUUUCAGUCGGCCUUGCUGGAGUUACUCACAGCUAUAGAAGAGCAAAGAAUAGAGUGGCCGGAUCAGUUGUUGACAGGAUUCGUGGCGUGCCUGGCGAAAACAGUCACAGCGGCUGAGGCAGCACAUUUUCGCCCGAUCAUCAUCUUCUCCACCAUCUAUAGAAGCUGGUCGACGGCGAGAGCACGCCCACUGCUGGCACACCUAGCGACCCUGGCUACCGACACGCAGCUGGGGUUCUUGCCAGGAAAAGAGGCUCUGCAGAUAUCAUUCAUGAUACAAGGCUUGGUGGAGCUGUGUGUCUCUGCAGGAUCAGCCCUUCAGGGAUUGGUCACUGACAUUCAGAAGGCUUUCGAGAAUAUACCCAGACUUCCCGUGAUGCGCCUGGCACAACACACAGGAGCCCCUCAAGAGAUUCUGCAGGCAUGGGACAGCUUCUUGACCAAAAUGGAGCGCCGAUUCCAGAUUCGAGGAGAAAUUGGCCCACCACAUAGGAGCACUUGUGGAGUCCCUGAGGGAUGUGCGUUGAGCUGCUAUGCCAUGGGCAUUAUAGAUCUGAGCUUUCAUUUCUACUUUCGCCACUUUGCGCCUUCCACUGUUCCUUUGUCAUUUGUUGACAAUUUAGGCAUACUGAGCGAGAGUGUUGCACAGUUACAGCACGGCCAUAUUGUGCUGCAAGAGUUUCUCUCCCUGUGGAAGCUGGACAUGGAUGCCCGAAAGUCAUGGACAUGGAGCACUAAACCGGCUGAUAAAGCUGCACUACAGCUCAUGGGUCUUGAAGUUCGAACAAGUGCUGGAGACCUUGGAGCCCAACACAGCUACUCAGCACAGAGACGGAUUGCGGUGCAAAGGGAGAGGAUUGCAUCUCUUGACCCGCUGUGGAUUCGACUGCGUAAGUUGGGGGCAGAUGAUAGAUUGAAACAAAUGGCUCUCCAGCAGGCCUUCUGGCCCAGAGCUUUGCAUGGUAUCUCAGUUUGCCUGCUUGGGCCAUCUCACAUUCAAGCCUUGAGGACUGCAGCAGUCAGAGCUCUUCGGCAUGGUGCUGCAGGUGCUUCGCCUUUAGUUCGACUUUCCUUGCUGGCUCCUAUGAAGACUGAUCCAGGUUUUUAUCAAAUAACCAGGGUGCUGACUGAUUUUAGGAGAAUGGCUCGAAAACAAGACAUGGUGAUAGAUCUAUGGCACCAGCACCAUCGAGGCUUUGAUGGGACGCUGAGAGCUGGACCCUUUUCGAAGCUGCUUGAAGUGUUUGAGCCGCUUGGCUGGAGGGUGAUUAAUCCUCCCUUGGUGUGCACACAUCUGGGCACGGAAAUCGAUCUUCUGCUAAUCCCGGAGCCACAAUUGAUGCAUUUGCUGGAAGAUGCUUGGACUGACUGGAUCUCCUCCGAAUUGCAGAGCCGCUCGGACUUUGACGGUCUAACCAGGAUCAAUCUAGCCGUGCUUCGAAGAGCGCACAAGAAGCUUCAUGGGUUACAUUUUGCACAAAUAGCGGCGCUUCAAGAGGGUGCCUUCUGUACGGGAGUUCAGCAGGCCAAAUUUGACACCAUGAAAACGCCAGACUGCCCUUUUUGUCAGGUGCCUGAUGAUCUCGACCACAGAUGCAUGACCUGCAAGAUGUUGACUGAGGUGCAUCAACGACAUGAGGGCAUCCGUUCGCAAUGGGGCCAGCUCACGGUGGCUCAGAGACAUCGACUAAUGCCAGAAAAGUUUCCCAGAUGGGAAGCCUACCAGAGGGCACUAGGAUCACUUGCGUGCCCACAUUUUGUGUAUGAGGAGGUUGAAACCAUUUUUGACUGGGUUGAUUUGUUUGUGGAUGGUUCCUGUUUGACGCCGGACCUUCCUGAAUGCUCUCUCUCUUCCUGGGCGUUGGUUUCGGCGACACAUGCAUGCACCCUGAGUUCAGGGAUAGUACCCGGCUUUCACCAUUCAAGCGACAGAGCUGAAUUGGUUGCUUUGCUGAGUGCCCUGACCUGGGCUGUGGAAUGGGGAGGGGCUGUGGUAUGCUGGACGGAUAGUGCAUAUACUGCCACGGGGGUGUGGAGGCUUCUGGACCACAUACAUGACCCUCCUUUUGACUCGAACACUGAUCUGUGGCUACGCUGUGCUGACCUGCUGAUGCAGCUGACAGGCAAGUUCAGGUGUCACCACAUUCCAGGACACAUGCAAGAGGCUGCUUGUGAUGACCCUGUGCAGGGAUGGUUGGCCCACUGGAACCAUCUGGCAGAUCGAGCUGCUUUCGCAGCGCAUUCCAUGCAUGCAGAGCAGGUCAGAGUGCUUAGGGGGCAAUUGGUGGCACAUCAGCGCAGUGAGCUGCAAAAGAUGGUCGACUUGCAACUGUUGCACACUGAGGUGGCCUCGGCUUGGAACGAGCUGAGGAAAAAGCAUGAAGCGUCAGUGCGUGAGAUGGAAGCUCAAGAAGAAAUGGCUCCUGUCACCCUGCCGAAUGAAGAGCUUGAGGGUGCUGUAUUUUUGGAUUGUUUUCCAAACAAUUGGCUAGCAGUUGUACAGAGUUCGGAGUUAGCCGUGAACUUUGGAUUGUUUGGCUUUAAGCUCAUGCAGUCCAUGUUCACAUCCUUCCGCUGCUUUACCGGUGAAUGUACCAAUGACCUAGGUUUUCCCAUGACUUCCCUCCUGGCGGACCGCUUUGGCAUCGGGUUCGUGGCCGCCUACAUCGCGAGUUACAUGUUGGUGUCCUUGGGCAUCUUCAAUGUCAUUUUGGCCGUGUACGUCGAGAUCACCAUGAAAGCCGCCAAGGAAACCGACGCCACUACUGCAGAGCAAUAUGCGCGGGAGUCCAUCCGUGUGGCACGGACCACUCGUGAGUUGCUGAAGAAGUUUGCUGCAGCGUACCGGAUCUUUCAAGAGCUGGAAGAACAAGAUCAGGUGAGUCGCAUCGAAUUCCGCAGCGCCACAGCCAUCUUCACGGAUGAGGAUGCUCUGAGGCCAUUACCAAAGAGCUUUUCUUGUUGGUGA